GCGUGUGUGUGCGCGCGCGCGUGUUAAUGUGUAACUCUAUCCUUCAGCAGUGUGUGGACUUCCGGGAUGACAUCAUCGUUACGACUGUAAUGUUUACUCUUGUAGUCAUGAGACGCAUGCACACGCAGACGUAAGCGGAGCAGAUCCAAGCAGCGGUGCUGUGCGACAGGUAUCUUCACUGACCUCUGAACGUGCUGGUCCAUGGGGCGCUUGAAAGGUGAAAGUUCAACACUCGGACGGCGAGAAGUCUACCGGGGGGAUGAUGGGAACGCUUUUGAGUCUGUGUCAUCGCCGUCCUCAAAAGAUGGAGCCCAUUCGGAUUUCCCGGAUUAUUUCUCCCGCUCGCAUCUGGAAGUAAAUGUCGUCUUGCACCAGGAGAUUCUCACCGUGAAUUAGUGAGCGCCCACAAGUCGUUGAAAUCCGCGCCGAGUGGGCGAUGCUCAAAAUGGCCGCCUGGACGACACAGAGUUGAGACGCGGGCGCUCCGUCAUGUCCUGGAAAAGGAACUACUUUGCGGCGGGCGGCGGCGUUAAUGGUGGUGGUGGUGGUGGCGGCGCAGGCGUGGCGGGGCUGGCAGGAGGAGGAGGAGGCGGCGGCGGCGCUGGCGGCGGGCUGGCCGGGAUGGCGGCCAUGCUGACGCCUCGCACUGUGACCUCCAUCGCGCCCAGUAAAGGACUGAGCAACGAGCCGGGACAGAACAGCUGCUUCCUCAAUAGCGCCCUGCAGGUCCUGUGGCACUUGGACAUUUUCCGCCGCAGCUUCAGACAGCUGACGUCUCACAAGUGCAUGGAGGACUCGUGCAUCUUCUGCGCUCUGAAGGUGAAGACCGAAUGCGCUCGCGCCCGACAACCACGACCGCCUAAAAACUCUUCAGACAGCUGA